AUGGCUGAGGUCAGACACUACGUUCUCCCCUCUCAAUUGGAUAUUAAGCAAAUUAUUGUAGAAGCACAGCAUCGAUGGCUGCGUCCGGCUGAGAUUUGUGCAAUUCUCAGCAACUAUACGAAGUUUCGAAUUGCUCCAGAACCUGCUCAUUUGCCACCAAGUGGUUCACUCUUCUUAUUUGAUCGGAAGGUGCUUAGAUACUUCAGAAAGGAUGGCCAUAACUGGAGGAAGAAAAAAGAUGGAAAAACAGUAAGAGAAGCACAUGAGAGACUAAAGGCUGGAAGCGUGGAUGUGUUGCACUGCUACUAUGCUCAUGGAGAAGAAGAUGAGAAUUUUCAAAGACGCACCUAUUGGUUGCUUGAAGAGGAACUCUCUAACAUUGUUCUCGUUCAUUAUCGACAAGUGAAGGGAACCAAGGCAAACUACACACGUGCUAAAGAAAAUGAAGAAUCUCUUCCUUAUGCUCAACAAACUGACAAAAUUAUGCCCAAAACAGAGUUGGACACUUCCUUAUCGUCUACUCUUCAUCCACUUGGUUACCAGGUUCUUUCACGAACUAUGGAUACAAGCAUGACCAGUGCUCAAGUAUCAGAAUAUGAAGAAGCUGAAUCUGAUCAACCUACUAAUUUGUAUUCUCCUCGGCCACUCAUAAAUGACCGAGAGAAGUUACCUGCCAUUGCUGAGGUGAAUUAUAGCUCAUACACUCAAAAUCAAAAUAUUAUAGAUAUUCAUAAUGUUGGAUUGACAUAUGAAUCCCCAAAACCCCUGGGCUUUUCCUCAUGGGAAGAUAUCUUAGAAAAUAAUGGUGGAAGUCAACACGUGCCUUUUCAUUCUUUAUUUCCUGAAACACAACCUGAUAAUAUGGGAGUCAAUAGAAAUUUUUGUCAAGGAGAUGACAUAAUGGUGCCACAAUUGACCACCAACAUUGCUAAGCUGCAUGACAAUGAAAGUCUCGUACAAGCUGAAGGAAGUUGGCAGGCUUAUAGUGUUGAUUCUUUACGCAUGUCCAGUUGGCCUAUAGAUAGUGUCCAUUCAAGCUCAACAUGUGAGGUUAGUUGUAGGAGCUGUGAGCAGGAAGUUAAUGAAGUUUAUUUUCAGAAAUCAUUGGAACAGUGUCUUCUCCAUCCACACAAACAAAACAAGGCUCUCAUGCUAAACGAUCAUCAAGAGAUACUGCUGAAUACAAAAGAAAAGCUAAAAUCAGAUUUUGAGGCCAACAGAAUCCUUGAUGGAAUAGAAGACACUCGUUUCACCUUUAAAAGGACCCUGUUAGAUGGAUCCCCAGCAGAAGAGGGUCUGAAAAAGCUUGACAGUUUCAAUCAAUGGAUGAGUAAAGAGCUUGGAGAUGUGGAAGAGUCAAAUAAGCCAUCCACUUCUGGUGCUUAUUGGGAUACAGUUGAAAGUGAAAGUGAGGUUGGCAGCGCAACCAUUCCUUCCCAAGGGCACCUGGAUACCUAUGUAUUGGAUCCAUCUGUUUCCAAUGAUCAGCUUUUUAGCAUUAUUGACUAUUCCCCAAGCUGGGCAUUUGAAGGGUCAGAAAUUAAGGUUAUCAUUUCUGGACGAUUCUUAAGAUGUCAACAAGAAGCAGAACAAUGUAAAUGGUCAUGCAUGUUUGGCGAGGUAGAAGUGCCUGCAGUGAUACUUGCAAAAGGUGUUCUUUGUUGUCAUACUCCUCCACACAAGGCUGGGAGGGUACCUUUCUAUGUAACUUGUUCCAAUAGGUUAGCAUGUAGUGAAGUGCGAGAAUUUGAUUUCCAAGUCAACUAUACUAGAGAAGUCAAAACUGCAGGGGACGAUAGAGCCAGCACUUUUGAUACUUUCAGCAGACGAUUUGGAGAAUUGUUGUCACUGGGGUAUGCCUUUCCUAAGAAUUCAGGUUCAAUCAGUGGAAAUGAGAAAUCUCAACUGAGAAGUAAAAUCAGUUCUUUGCUAAGGGGGGAGGAUGAUGAUUGGGACAAGCUACUGGAACUUACUCUAGAGAAAGAUUUUUCUCCAGAAGAUUUACAGGAGCAGCUGCUUCAAAAUCUUCUGAAAGAUAAGUUGCACGCAUGGCUCCUUUGGAAAAUUACAGACGAUGGGAAAGGCCCCAAUGUAUUAGAUGAGGGUGGCCAAGGUGUGCUUCAUUUUGCUGCUGCUCUUGGCUAUGAUUGGGCCCUAGAACCCACAAUAGUUGCUGGUGUAAAUGUGAAUUUUCGUGAUGCAAAUGGAUGGACUGCUCUUCAUUGGGCAGCAUUUUGUGGCAGGGAGCGCACAGUUGCUUUCAUCAUCUCUCUUGGCGCAGCACCUGGAUUACUGACUGAUCCAUGUCCAGAACAUCCUUCUGGCAGAACACCAGCUGACCUAGCUUCUGCAAAUGGACAUAAAGGAAUUGCAGGGUAUCUUGCAGAAUCUUCACUAAGUGCACACCUCACAACUCUUGAUUUGAACAGGGAUGUGGGAGAUCAUUCUGCAACAAAAGUAGUGAAAAGAAUCCAAAACAUUGCCGAAGUCAAUGAUCUUGAUGGUCUAUCAUAUGAACUGUCACUAAAAGAUUCACUGGCUGCAGUGUGUAAUGCCACCCAAGCAGCGGCUCGUAUUCAUCAAGUUUUCAGAAUGCAAUCAUUCCAGAGAAAACAACUGAAGGAAUAUGGUGACAACAAAUUUGGAAUAUCUGAUGAACGUGCUCUUUCACUUGUAAAAAUGAAUGUGAAAUCACACAAGUCUGGACCACGCGAUGAGCCUGUCCAUGCUGCUGCAAUUCGUAUCCAGAACAAAUUUCGCGGUUGGAAGGGCAGAAAAGAAUUUUUGAUGAUUCGACAACGUAUAGUAAAAAUUCAGGCUCACGUGAGAGGACACCAAGUUAGGAAAAACUGUGGGAAGAUAAUUUGGUCUGUUGGGAUAUUGGAGAAGGUCAUUUUGCGUUGGCGUCGAAAAGGUAGUGGUUUACGAGGAUUUAAAUCAGAAGCCAAUUCUGAGGUUAAUAUGAUACAAGACGUAUCUUCCGCUGAGGAUGAGUAUGAUUUCUUGAAAGAGGGCAGGAAGCAAACAGAGCAAAGGUUGCAGAAAGCCCUAGCUAGGGUGAAGUCAAUGGUUCAGUAUCCAGAGGCAAGAGAUCAAUACCAUAGGCUGUUGAAUGUGGUAACUGAGAUCCAAGAAAAUCAGGUAAAGCAUGAUAGUGGUUGUAACAAUUCAGAAUAA